GGCCGGUGUUCAGGAUUCAGCGCGUGCGUGUUUUGUCAUUGACUCGAUAGGAUACAUCCAGGGAGGCGGCUGCUGCCUGCGUCGCUGGCGAUCAUGAUUCGACUGCACCCCUUCGCGACGUGCAGCCUCGUGGCGUGGCUCUCCCUCCUCGCCUCUGCCGCUGCAAGACCCCCACGCGCCUGCUCCAUUAUUCGCCCAGGAAACGUCGACUGCAGCUUCCGUGGUCUCGUUACGUUCCCGUGCCCCCUCCCCAACAAUACCCAGGUGCUUUGGCUCAAUAACAACAAGCUGCGCUACAUCCCGGCCGCCGCGCUGCAGAACCUGCGCAACCUUUCGAAGCUGUACCUGCAGAACAACCACCUGACACACGUGGGGCAGGGUGUCUUCGAUGCGCUGCUCCACCUGCAGGAGCUUAUUGUCUACAAAAAUCCGUGGGACUGCUCGUGCAACGACAUCGGCCCUCUCAGCGAGUGGCUAAACGGCAAAAUCGCGUCAGGAGGCACGGUCAGCUGCAAUAACUCUGCAUCACGACCGGUGAAGGACGUCAAGUGGAGAGACCUACCGGACUGUGCGUCCACCCACGGGAACGCGACCGAGACCCCCCCCUUUGAAUGCAAGGCGCCGCCGACCUCGACCUCGCCGCCCGUCGCUCCUCCCGUGCUGCCCAACAGCGCGUCCCGGGAGCCCGCCUCGUCUGGCGUCGCCGGGCAGAGCUGGGUGCGGAAUCUCGCGUGCGCGGCUCUCGUCGCAGCACUGACUGUGUAGCGCCACCAACAAUCACAUUGAUCGUCACAUUUACAAUGAUGUAACUAGACUUUAACAAUGUACGUAAAUAUAACAGCAGCCUCCAAUUUUAACCAACAUCGCAUUGUUGUUUGGUAAUCACAGUGGUAAGUCAGCCGAUUCGUUUGUAGCUGAUUAGAGUUGACAUUUGAAAUGUCACGGAGUAUCAUCUGAUGCUGCGUUCUCGCUCUCGUGGGAUUUCCUACAAGAUUUGUGGCCUUGACGUUUCACUUUAACCCGUACAGAGUGAAACCACGCAUGCUAACCUGUCAAUGAGUGGAAAUUAUAAUUAUGUAAAUUGUUUUAUCAAACAUGUUUAAGAUUAAAUGUAUUUCAUUAAUAAACGUGAAAGUCUAAUUCGACUUCAAUACCUUUUCGGCUUUGGUUACGUCGGUAAAGAUAUAUUCGUAUUAGUGUUGUUGUUACCAGGCGCAAGCCUAAGGGGCAUGGUAAGUAGUGAAGUAAGGGAAAGAAGAGGGGUCACCAAUGCUGUUGGUAAAGCAAAAUAAAACAUGGAAGUGGGUAGAAUAGAUCAUGGGCACCAGCGACGAGAGGUGAGAGACGAAGCGAACAGUCCAUAAACUCGGAGCAGAUCAAUCACCUGGCGGUACCACAUGAGGUGGCAUAGCUUUACGGGAUCCAGUUUCUUUAUGUGGCCAAUAACAGUGAA